CAAAGUUGCGCAGGCCAUGCUUCGCCGGUGGUCAACCGCUCGGCACCGAUGAGGAUUUGUGGUACCUGCAGCCCACCGGCACGAAACAGAGCGGCCAUGUCAGCAGAGCUGGCACAGCAGUCGAAGCUGUCUGCUGCCCGCGAGCAGAGCAACCUGCUUGGGUCCCUCCUGGAGACAGAAGCCAUUAUAAACGUCGAUGAUCUCAGGAACACCCCAGCGUCUAGCAGUGAGCGGCUUCUCUCUGGUCUUGUGGAGCGGCUGCGAUCAUCAAAAGACGUCAGUGUGCUGACCAGUGGAGCUAAUAUCUUGGCAGCUGCUGCCAAGAGUAAGGACUUCAGUUCAAAUACCAAGUGUCUCCAGUUGUGGCUGCGUGCAACCAAGGACCUGGUGACAAAAGAAGAAGCUGGUGUGGACGCACUUCGGGCCAUCAUACAGUGUCUCCAUGUGCUGACACCCGGCAGUGCGAGCAUGUCUGACUGGUGCCAAAUUGGGCUCCAGUGCCUGCUGUAUCCCGAAGUGCGCAUGGAGGCCUACGCUGCCCUCUGCAGCCAGCGGAAGGCGGCUUUGACACCGCCCCGCCGGGGUGUGGAUGCUCCUGCAUAUGUGGCCAUAAAAGACUGCAUUGGACCUCAGCUGAGCCACUGGAUGGAUGGCUCCCAGUGCUGUGAGGCACUUCGGGUUUGGACUCUGAUCGUCCAGUGGAUGGGCGAGUAUCUGCCCCAGAACGCUGCCUCGGUGAAUGUCCGAUUUGGGGAAGACUGAAUUCAUCGGUAGUCUGCUAGACGAGGGGUCUUCAUUUAAUUAGUAUGGAAAGGGCCAGAUACACCAAGGUCUUUGUGAUGCGCUUACAUUUGUUACCUUCCUCCUGCUGUUAUGCCCUGUAAGCUGAGUUCCAUUUGAUUCCCACACAGUCUUAUGUAUAAAGCCAAACGGUCGUUUCGGACUCCUUA